CAGAUCUCCGUUCAGCACCAAAAACCCAAACACACAGCCCCAGAAUUAGGUUAUAGGCAGAAAUGGACAUACCUUGAGGGCAGCAAAGUGAAUGACGCUGUCAAUGUCCGGGUGCGUCUCAAACACCUUGUCGAGCGAAGCUUCGUCGGUGAUAUCGAUCUGGGCGAACUCGGGCCUCUUCCCGGAGAUCAAUUCGAUGCGGUUGAUGACCUCUGCGGAGGAAUUGUACAGGUUGUCGGCAAUGACAACCUUGUAGCCAGCUUCGAGCAGGGCCAGGGCCGUGAAGGACCCGAUGUAGCCCGUUCCUCUUCACGUCCUGUCAGUGCAUUGCUGGAGGCAGCGGCGGGGAGAUGCGACGACUCUUACCCGGUGACAAGAACUGAACCAGCAGACAUUGUUUCAAUGAGGUGA